AAAUAUACCAUCUCAUACCACUCUGGUAUAGAGGUGGUAACUAGUGGUAAACAAUGAUGAAUGUGAUAAAUGACAGUUCGUAUAUUCUUACUAUAAUGUAUUCAACCAUUCUACAAUAUAGUACGUUCAUACCACUAUCACUAUGGUACACUUUCAUACCACGUGGUAUGGUCUUAUGUAAUACCAAGUUUUACUAGCAUGGUAUAGACUGGUACUAAAUGUCUCAAUUAUUAUUUUUUUCCAAAAUAUAUCAAUGUGGAUAUUAAUUUGAAAGCAUAAAUAAUCUGAUUUGUGUAAGAAAAUUAAAUUAUGAUUUAAAACGAAAGAGAUAUAAUCCAUUAAAAUUCAUAAGACAAAAGGUUAGGGGUUUUCCAUAAAUAGUGAUGUGACAAGUUACAUCACUAUUUAUAAGACAAAAGGUUACAUCACUAAAUGUCUCAAAUUAUGAUUUAAAAUGAAAGAGAUAUAAUCCGUUAAAAUUCAUAAGACAAAAGAUUAGGGGUUUUCCAUAAAUAGUGAUGUGACAAGUUACACAUUAUUAUUAACCAUAAAGUUACUUACUGUAGGGGCUCCCAAUAACAAAUUGUACGUUAUUCUAUCUCAAGCAGGGGUGAAAAUGAGUCGAGUCGAGUUUUCCCCAGUUUGAGCUCGGCUCAUUAAUAAACGAGUCGGACUCGAGCUCAGCUCGUUUAUUAACGAGCCGAGUCUAAUUCGAGCUACUUUGUUUACUAAAAUCUUGACUUUUAUUGGGUACUUCAUUUUGUAUAUCAUGAUACAUAUGAUUUAUUUUGUUAGCUAAUCUCAUAUUAUACUUUGUUGGUAUCAUAUAUCAUUUAGUUAAUAAAGUUUAACUACUCCAAAUCAUGUUAUUUCAUAGUAUCUAAUUAAUCUAUGAUACAUAAUUUCUUUUAAAAGUAGACAUAAGAUAUAUUUGCUCACAUACUCAACGUGUUAAACUUUACAUAUGGUGAUAUAUAUAAUUUAACAACUAUAUGAAUUAAAAUCAUAAGAUAUAAAUUGAUUCGUCCAUAAGUUGGUAAUCGAGUUGGCUCUCUAGCCACAUGUUGAGAUAUAUCAUGAGCUCUAAACGAGCCAGCUCACGAGUUUAGCUCAACAAGCCAGCGAGUCGAGCUAGCUCGCGAGCUUCAUGAGCUGAACAAAGCUUAGCUCAUGUUUGACUCAUUUAUUAACGAGUCGAGUUUCGAACGAGCUUUUAUCGAGUUGAACGCCGAGCUGCUCGCGAACAACUCAACUCAUUUGCAACCCUAAUCUCAAGUCUAAUGUCUUCCGAAUUAUUCAAAUUAAUCAAACUAAAUUAUCAAAACACUACCGUUUGAACACCCUAGCAAUUGCCAUGCGCCCCGAGCCAACAUUAAGUGCCUGGCCGAGUUUGCCUAGAGCUGAGUCAUUUUCUCUCUCUCUUGCUUUUCAAAUUCUCUCCCUUCUAUCUAACAACUUUGGCCAGGCUUCCAUGGGGGCUGCUGUCGGCGCUCCUCCAGCGACCGGCGGCAGCCCUCUGCCCCUCUUAGUUUCCAUUUCGCUUUCCAUUUCUUUUUUUUUUCCCUUGUUCUCGAGCUCUGUUUUGCUGCCUUUGUUUGACAUCUUUCCCCCUGUGUGGGUUCUGUUCUUUCCCCCUCUGUGGGAUGGUGUUUUGUCCUUCGAUUUGGUUUCCAGAUCUGAAGAUGUGUUGCCCGGUUCUUGAUGCGAUGAGGUCAGAUCUGACGCAGACCAGACUUGUCUUCUCCUCCCCCUCCUUUGAUCUACCUCCUUGUCUUUGCCUUGCAGAUCUUGGCUAGUCGGAGAUACAGCUCUUGGCGUGGAUCCGGUUGGGAGAGCUUGAAGACAGUGGUAUUUUAACUCUCUGUCUCUACUGCCGACCGUCCGAUUGUUCUGGUUCCCUUGGCGUGGCGGUGGGUUGCAGGCGGUGAUCGACUCGGGGUGUGCUGGCUGGAGGUGUUUCCUCCUCCUCUCGUCUUCUGGGUUGGAUGAGGUCCUGGCCGCGAUGUGCUCUUCGAUGGGUCGGUGGCGCGUCGGUGCGGUGGGGGUUCUCGGCCGCGGCGUUGGAGGUUGACAGAGAGGGCGCUGACGGCUAGGGUUUGGGGGGCUCAGCCUUUGUUUUGGCCAUGGGCCUGGGCCCUAUUGGGUUUUUGGGUUUUUCUGUUGGCAUGUUUUGUGUUGAGGUUCUUCUAGGGCUGGACGUUCGGUUAGCGGUUACCGGUUAACCGACUAACCGAAAAUUAAGGCGUCGGGCGGUUGGCGGUAGCUGGUUUUACUGUGCCGGUUAACCGCCUAACCGGCCAGCUAACCGGCAAGUGAGAAAUGACGCCGUUCUUCUGAUAAUCGACUCUCUUCCCGACUUCCCCUGUUCGACCCUCUUCCCCUGUCCUAACCCUAAUCGAAUAAUCGACCCUCUCCUUCUCUGUCGAGUGCUGCCGACUGCCAUUCUCCUCCCUUCUCCCUCUCCGUCCCUGAUGGGCGACGCCGCCGCCGCUCUACACUGUCGCUGCCCCAUUCUCCCUUCUCCCUUCACUCCUUUGCUCGCGAGUCGCGACCCAGCAACUGCCAGUCCGCCAUCCAACCCGUCGGCGCCGUCACUCCUCUGCUCGCCGCCAGCCAACCCGCCGGCGUCGCACCACUCCUAUGCUCCGCCGGCGCCGUGCCACUCCUCUGCUCGCAGCCUGCACCCCGCUAUUGAAGAAUUAUGUAAGUCACCCGCGCCACUCCUCUGCUUGCUGCCUUCUGGUUAAUUCGUCGAUGAUUUAUGGGUUGAAGACGAUGAGAUGAUUGUAUUUGUAGUUCGAUGAGAUGAUUGUAGCUAGGUUUGUAAGGGGAAUUAGAAAUUGAAACCUGUAGAAAAUGGAGGAUUUUGGCUUUUGGGGUUCUUGGCAGGAAAAUGGAGAAAAUGGAGGAAAAUGGUGGGUCAAAAUGAGUUUGUACUUUGUAGGACUGGGUGUGAACUUGGGAAACCAAGUUUGUGUACUGUCUGGCCUUUGUUACCUUCAUGUAUCUAUGGAAACUACAAGGAAGAGAUCUUUAUUUAAUGUUUCUGCAGGCAGUCAACAUCCUACAGAGUAAUCACAUAUAUCUUCUUUCUGUUGAUGAGUAAUGUUUGCCAUUCAAGGAAAAUAAAUAUGCAUCUUAUUC